AUGUCGGUCAAGUUCGAGAAGGAGACGAAGGAGACGCUGCAGAAGGGCGUCGACAAGGUCCAGGAGAUCCUCCACCCCGAGAAGCCUUUGCCCGGUACCAGUGGAAAGCAUCCCCUCACCGAAGCCAUCGGUACCGCCAUCACCGGCGGCAAGAAGAAUGCAGGAACCAAGGGCUACCUGGCGGCCUACAUCAAGCAGCUCGAGGAGAACCCGCUGCGGACAAAGAUGCUCACUGCCGGUACCCUCGCCGGUGCUCAGGAGCUGCUUGCGUCCUUCCUCGCCAAGGACCGUAACAAGCAUGGCAACUACUUCACCUCGCGCGUGCCCAAGAUGGCCGCCUACGGUGCCAUCGUCAGCGCGCCCCUCGGUCACUUCCUCAUCUGGGCUCUGCAGAAGACCUUUGCCGGCCGUACCAGUCUGCGGGCCAAGAUCCUGCAGAUUAUCGUCAGCAACUUGAUCAUUGCGCCCAUCCAGAACUCCGUCUACCUGGUCGCCAUGGCCCUGAUUGCUGGUGCCAAGACGUACCACCAGGUUCGCGCGACGGUCAAGGUCGGCUUCUGGAAGGUCAUGAAGGUCAGUUGGAUCACCUCCCCGCUGUGCCUGGCCUUUGCCCAGAAGUUCCUCCCUGAUCAGCUCUGGGUUCCCUUCUUCAACCUGGUCGCCUUCAUCAUCGGCACUUACAUCAACACCACCACCAAGAAGAAGCGUCUUGCGGCCCUCCGCAAGAAGCACUUUGGUGACGGUCGCUCUCCCUCCAUGGGAGGUCGCCCGGAGGACUACCCCGGCCCCCACCCCGGUCCCAUGGGUGGCCCCAUGGGUGGUCCCAACCCUCCUUACUAA